AUUAUUAUUAUUAUUUUAUUAAAACUGAAAUAUUAAUAAUUUUAUUGGGCACGAGUACCGUAGUCUCUCCCUGACUCUCUCCCGGCUCCCCCGUCUCUCUCUUUCUCUGUAUAUAUCUCCCUAUCUAUACAAUCUCUAUCAACGCAUCUACACAAUCUCUCUCUCUGGUCAUUCUCUUUGUAUAUUUAUUAAGUUAUGGAUGAUAAAUUAAAGUUAAAGUUGGUGGAAAAUCGUCGCCGAGUACAAGAGCAAUAUUUGAAAAACCGUGUUCCUCGUCGGCCUGAUAUUUUAAGGCAGAAAGCAGGUCCUGAUGGGGAUAAAUUUACAUCUAAACCAGGCGGAAAUAAGAGAAAAGCUCAUGCUGCUCCUGAUUCGGCUCCGCGGAAAAAAGUUAAUGUAGAUGAUGCAGGGACGACCUUUUGCAAUAGGGAUUUGGAAUUAAAAUUAAAAUUGAUGGAAAAUCGUCGCCGUGUUGAAGAGGAAUAUUCGAAAAAUCGUUUUUAUAGUCGUCUUGAUAUUUUAAGGCAGAAAUCAGGUCGUGCUGCAGUUGAAGAUAAAUUUACAUCGAAACCGGGUAGUAAGAGUAAAGCUCCGGCCCCGGCCCCUGCUCCAGCAGGAUUAAGAGUAGAUGGUGAUGCACCAGAGCCAUCCAUGUGCAAUAUGACAGAUCAGGAGGAAUUCCAGCAUUAUGUUUUUCUUUUUGAACUGGCUUUGGGAUAUGCUCUUUUCGAUGCUCGUGGAAUGAAUAAAUAUCCUGGAGCUUUGACCAAUUUCAAAAUAGCUGAGAAGUAUCUCAAUAACAACCCAUUUACGCUUAGAGCUUUUUAUCGCUUUCCAUCUCCUAGUGACGCUCUCGUUCAAAUGAAGGCUAUAUGCAACUCAACCGUGACAAAGGAGCUGAAACGUUUCGUAGCGGAUAAUAUUCCAGAACCAAGAUCUGGUUAUGUGCUUGCAGUUUCAAAUCCAACGUUGGUACAAACUAUAAGUUUUGCAACAAGGAAAAAUGUCAUAGCCGGUCAAAUAAUCGAUCAUGUCAUGCGUGGUUUGCGGGUGAAAAUUGACAAACUCAUCGUCGGCUUGGAGAUUGGGGACUUGAAAAUGGCUCAAUUUAAUUUGGCACGCAGUUUUCGUAGACAUAGUUUUGCAUGCAAAGGAAGUUCCAAAGUUCAAAGAAGUUUUCACAAUGUUGUUGCAGACAAAGUUGUGGUUGAGCCACAUAAAAUUGAAGGACUUUUCAUCACCAAGGGUUUGGGUAAAAAGAAUUUUAUCUGUACUAAAAAUUUAGUACCUGGUAAACUUCUUUACGAUGACCAAUUGAUAUCCAUUCAGAAUGAGGAUGAUAGAACUGAAGUUGAGUACAGAGUGUGGAAUCCACAUGUGUCAAAGUUGGCUGCUGCAGUACUAGGGGGUCUUUCUAAUAUAUGGGUUAAACCCGGCUCUCACGUUUUAUACCUAGGAGAUGUUUGUGGAAUUACAGUUUUACAAUUGUCUGAUCUUGUUGGCUUGGAUGGUUUGGUCUAUGUAAUUGGGUUGUCAGAUGCUGUUGCAAACACGGUGGAGGAGAGGUCAAAUGUUGUAACACUUCCUGGAAAUUAUUUCUUUCGUAAGGAUUAUAGCGUGAUUAAUGAUAGAGAUUACCGCAUGGAUGUUGGUAUGGAUUACCGCAUGGUUGUUGGUAUGGUGGAUGUGAUCCUUGGUGAUAUCGUUUAUCCCGAUCCCUCCUGGCAGGUGAAUUAUAUAGCUAGGUAUGCUCUUUUACAUCUUAAAACUGGUGGUCAUUACUUGAUCUCCACACGGGCAAGAAACAUCAAUUUGACUAGCCAAGUUAAAGAUCCAUUUGCAGACCACGAAAAACUUCCCAACUUCAUGAGGAUGGAGUUCGAGACAUACGAACAUGUCAUGUUGGAACCUAUAGGGAAAGGGCAUGCCAUGGUUGUUGGCGGUUACCGCAGGGUGAAGUAUUAGAUGUAUGUUCAGUCAGUACACUUAGGGCUAGAUCCUCUUUGAAUGCCAGGCUUAACACAAAUCCAAUACAUUUGCGGACUUGGAAAUGAUGGAUGUUUGCAGGGCCAGCAUUAUCUAAUUUAUUUAUUGCGGACUUGGAAAUCCUGGGGCCAACAUUAUCUAAGUUAUUUCUGUUUUAUCUUCUACUUCUGAACAAUCUCAACUUUUGUCAUUUUUAUCUUGUACUUUUCAAAACAAUCUUUCUACCAUUGGUUUGUAAUUGUUUCAGAGGGAUCAGCCUUUUGUUUGUGGACUACUUUAUUUAUGGCCAAGUUGUCUAAAGGAUGCAUUGUUUGUCGUUCUGCAUAUCUGGAUUUGAACCAUUCCCAGAUAUUACUGAGAUUGGAUUUGUAUGGACGUUAAAAAGUCCUUUAAUACUGCUAUCAGUGAAUCUUUGGCAUCAGAUUAAGCUAUAUCCUUUACAAUGUAAAGUUUAUGCUCU